AUUCAGUAAAGCAAAGCGCGUCAUAUUUGCUAGGUGCCAAGAGUCCAUGGUGCUUGCUUCGACUUCGACUUCGACUUUGGGUAUGAGAAGUUGAUAUGAAAAGUCGACAAUAUAAACUCCUGUCAAGUUGGAAAAUAGAGCGUUAUAGGUAGGCCGUCUUUCUUUGACGAGCGAGAGGUGGAAUAGUGGUUUUUACGGCAAAAAAUUGAAGAAGCCUCUAAAAAGAUGCACUCAAAUCUCCACUCAGCUGUUAUACUAUUUAUCAAUAUUCUAUGCCUUCUCCAUAUGCCCACAUCAUCUCUCUGUCAAGAUGCCGAGCGAUUAUUCUGGAGGUGCGGUGAGCCAUUUAGAUGCGGCGACAUUUAUAUUAAUUACCCUUUCUGGGGAGGGAGCAAGCCAGAGUACUGUGGUCAUCCAAGUUUCGAAAUCAAGUGCGAGAGUAACAUCCCCAAAAUUGAUAUUGAAUCAACAACAUACAAAGUGAUAGCGAUCAACACUACAACUCGAAUAGCAACCCUUGCUAGAGAUGAUUUACUGAGUGAUCUUUGUUUGGAUCGACCUGAGGAUGCCUCCUUAGAUUUAAACACUUUCAGCUAUGUUUCCAGUGACCUGAAUAUUACUCUGUAUUACGGCUGCACCUUCGUCGCUAAUCAGCAAAUGCCAAGUGACCCAAGAGUCUUCCCUUGUGGUGGCGGCACGUUUGGUUUAUACACGCUGAUCGGCGUUCCCUUCGGCUUACCUGGAGUGAGAUGCCAGAACCAAAUAAUAUAUAAGGUCAAUCAAACGAGUGCUGGGGCAUUAGCCAGUGGUACAGCUUCGGUUGAAGUUCUGAAAACAGCCAUUGCUGGCGGUUUUUCAGUAAAUUGGACAGCACGUAUUGAUUCUGGUUGCCGACAGUGCGAUACAUCAGGUGGAAGAUGUGGAUCCAAUCCAGAUUCUGCAGUCUUUGCUUGCUAUUGCGCAGAUGGUACUCAUCCAACUAACUGCAGCGACGGACAAAACCAAGCUGGCGGUAAUAUUUUCUCUACUAUUCGUCGUAAUUUAGUAGGAUCUAUGUAUUAAUUCGAGUUUGAAGGUUCAUAUAGGCCCUGGUACAUAGGUAUAUUCGUCCCUACUUUUCAUAGAAUAAUUCGAGUUUGAAGGUCCACGAGGAUAAUUUCAUAGAAUGGUCUAAGAAAGGCAGAGUUUAUGAA